UGAAGACACCCCUCACAACAAGCGAGAGUCACGUACAAUGCCGUCAUUUCUAGAUCUCAUUUAGCUGCCCAGAAGGCUUAUCUGUUUUUCCAAGUCUUUGUUUUAUUUGACUUCAAGCGCUAUCUUUUGCGUAUACGGACAACCGGUUCAUGUCGACUUCUGGGGCUUCCGCGACCUGGGAUUUCACUCCUGCGAUCAACUUACUUUACUCUUUCAAACCUGAGCCUCAACCGAAACCUAUCGAAAUCCUUCGAAGCAUUCAGUCCGAGUUUACCGAAGCUCGCAACCAUGGUGCCGCAUCCCCAUCCGGACGGGGGCGUGAGGAUAAUAGUAGUGGAAAGCUAGGCGAUUUCAGUGCGCUUUGGACGUUUCUCUCGCAGCCCAGCCCUACCGCGCCGGACAAUAUUGAACGAGGCGCGACUCCUGGGGUAGGAGCCUCUGAUUGCAAGGAAAACCAAAGGACCAACCUUGAGGAAGCCUCGGCGGCUACUGUUGAAUGCCAGCCAGAGCUAUGCGGCAUGCAACCAAAGAAGAUUUUACCUAACAAAAGGAACCCACCAUCUGUUUCAAGUGCUCCUCCAGGCGAUACUGAAGCAACGAUCCCUGAAUGCCGGCCGAUUCAAAUCUUGAAAAAUCCAAAUCGCAUUCGGCGAGCGUGUCUACCAACGCCCCCUCGCCAAGAAUCCCUGGGUUUAGCGGAGCGUCCACAGCGCCACCCACCCCGCGACAUCAUCCCAUUGGUGCGGCCACCGAACACCCCGAACAGGUCACUUGCGAAACAUAAAUACCAGGUGGAAUCUAAACUGGGUGGCUCCACUGCUGAAAAGAGAUCCGAUCUCAUCAGUCAUCUUUACAAACAUCAUAGAGACCAGCGAUUAUACUUGGCCAACCCCAAACUCUGUGACUCGGCGUUUAUAUCAUCGAAUAUCAGCUCAAAUGGAAUCCACAUAUUUGUUGACAUAUCUAAUGUGAUGGUUGGAUUCCAUGAUUGCAUCAAAAUUGCCAGGGAUAUUCCAACUACCGUCCGAGUUCCACGCCUCCCAUUAUCCUUUCAUAACUUGUCGCUAGUUCUCACGCGAGGUCGACCAGUCAGCAAGCGGGUGAUUGUGGGCUCUGACCGCUUUCCAGCGAUAGAUGAGGCUGAGAAACUUGGUUACGAGACUAACAUCCUAGUACGGGUCCAAAAGCUGAAAGAAGCAACCCCCCAGAAGAAUCAGGUUUCCAAAGGAAGAGGUACCGUCGGUGCCAAAUGCUGCGGUAACAAGCAGCAGGACCAAUCUAGUGGGUCCGAAAGCAGCUCUAACAAACCUGUCCCAGAGAAAUGGGUGGAGCAGGCUGUGGAUGAAAUCUUACAUCUUAAGAUUCUCGAAAGCAUCGUUGAUACCGAUGAACCUUCGACUAUCGUCCUUGUAACAGGGGACGCAGCCGAAGCCGAGUAUUCUCAGGGAUUUAUGAAAAUGGUCGAGCGCGCCUUAAUGAAGGGAUGGACCGUCGAACUGGUUAGCUUCAGCUGCACCAUAAGCCGCGCUUACACCGGAAAGGCGUUUCGAUCCAAAUGGGGUUCCAAGUUCUCGAUAAUCGAGUUGGACAGAUACGCGGAACAUCUGUUGGACAUGUGACCCCGUUAGCAAGCGAUGCCUUGCGCGUUAGCACAUGGUCUGGGUGAAACCAGACUGUGAAGCUAUUAAGUUGCUCGUAUCUAAGCUACCCUUUGUCGACUGACAUUGAAACAAAUGGGACCGUUCAGUUAACAGAGACUAAAGCACUUAAACUGCUAGGACCUAAAGAUGUUUAUUUUACGACUUCUGCUGAACGAGUCUUCUCCUAUUUUGAACCAACCCAUCACAUAUUUGAAGGUAGACUUGCUUUUGGCCAGUAGCGCUAGUAUUCCGAAGCCAAGUAGAACUUCCCCGCUGAGGAAUUAUGUUAUUGGAAAUUACAAUAAAGAAAUAUAUAUGUAUCUCCCUGUGAUUGAG